GGCCAGGCUGUUAGUAUGACAGUAAUGGAUACGAGCUUCUGAGGGCUGCAGCUUUGAAGGGUUUCUGAAGACGUGACUUCCCUUUUUAAAAAGAUUACCAUUGAUAAAUUCAUAAACUUUACAAUUUGAAAUCUAUUUUUGUUUUUCGUUCAUAUUUGGUUUGUAGAAUACCAUGGGAGGACUGGGGAACGGUCGGCGAGGAGGAAGAGCCCCCUCUCUGAUGGUUGCUGCCCUUAUUGCCUGUGUCUUGGUUUUGGGCUUUAACUACUGGGUGUCCAGUUCUCACACCCUGGAGCUCCAGACGAGGCUGAAUGAGCUGGAAGGCCAGUUGCGGCGUGGAGAGGCUGAGCGAGGAGUAGCGGAUAUGAAGAAGAAGAAGGAGUUUGAGGACCAGAUCCAGAAGCAGAUGCAGCAUAUUAAUCACAUUGAAAGCAUUCAUAAGAAAGAACUAGAUGAUGUCCAUAACACCUAUACCCAAGAGAAGGUUAAACUACAGGACAGUAUUUCCUCCAGUGCCAGAACCAUAGAGGAACUUAAAGGUCAGCUGAAUCGGCUGAACGACGACCUGGGGAAGCUUCAGAAAGAGCUGCAGAGUUGCCAAACCAACACAGCCAACCUCAGCAAUAAAUUCACUGCUGACAUGGCACACUGUCAGUCCCAGGUCCUUUCCCAAAAGAAGCUGUGUGACGAGAAAUUAGUUGCAGUUAAACUAGAAGUUCAGAAGAAUAUGCAGAAAGCUUUUCUUCCUCCAGGUGAUCCAGUACAGGAAACCACAGAGAAUGGAGCAGUGAAAGAAGAGCCAACAGUGAAGGCUGUUCCCAGUGAGGCUGGAACAGCAGCUGUUGUGAGCAAUGAUACAAGCAUCCCUCAGGACAAACGAGAUAAAGCUCCUGAGUUGCUUAGCAACGAAAUCAACGUUGAUAAAGUCUCCUCAGAGCAGCCUCCAACUGAUGACCUUCCUAAGGUCGAGUCCCAGACUGUUUUAUCCACCGAUUCAAAGACUCAGACCAAGCAGCAGAAAAAAGAGGCCAAAACGGAAGAAACUGAAGCUACAACUGGUAAAAGGUUGACAGACAAUCUUGCAGCUGAUAAAGACAUGGAGGUGAUGGACGCUCACGAGGAAGGUGCCAAGGCUAAUGAAGCAGAUCCUGGAAUGGAGGAUAUGCUGAUUGGUCAAGGGAAAGCAGAUGAGGCAGCUAUUGGUGAGAACCAGGAGGAACAGGAUGAGUAUGACGACGAUGACGAGCAAGUAGUUGGUGGGGCUGAUCUGGAGAAAGAACGGAGAAAUAGAAACAUGGAGGAUGAAAUGGCGGACUACAAUGGAGACGAUGACAACGAAGGGGAGUUUGAAGCCGACAAACAAGCUGCACUUGCUCAGUUUUAAGACAAAUAUCUCCCGUACAGUGAACAGAAGGUGUCCACCACAGCCCAACACCUUCACAGAGCAAUGAAACAAACUCAGCGAAAACCAAACCAAGCUGCAGAGUUUUUAUGGUUUUCUUAAAGCCGACCAGUUUACCUUUUGUUUUCUCCUUUUGACCAAUUGUCAUGUGUCUUCUUCUUCUUUUUUCUUUUUAAAACAUCUCGUCAGUCGUCCUAGCGGAUGUUAAACAUGACUGAAGUCGUCUCAAGACUUGACGCCAUUUGAGCCACAUUGAGGUGAACUAAAAUUAGAAGAUUUUGCUUACAUGCUUAAAUAUAUUAUGGUCACUGGAUAGUAGGUGUUAAUUAUUAAAAGAU